UCUAUUAUGUCUAUGUAUUAAUUUCAUUUUAUUUUAUGCUGAGACAAAUACUGUGAAAGCAUAAUGGUUAAAGAUAUUUGUUCAUUUUUAUUGUUGCUGUUCAUAUUUGGUAACGAUUUGACCAUUGGACUUAGUGCAGAAGACAAUUAUACUUGUCCUAGGUAUAAAAGCCGAAAGAAGCCAGAUGGACAGUACUAUAAACAUAUUGAAACAACAUGUUGUCCUGAUUUUAUGGAAGUUGACAAUCGGUGUUUAGUGUGUCCUGCAGGCUACUAUGGUCUGAAUUGUAGUCAUCCAUGCAUUGACAAUACAUAUGGGCAACUAUGUAAAUUGACGUGUGAUUGUACAGGUUUCAAAUUAUGUGACCCUAAGGCUGGUUGUAAAUGUAAAGCAGGUUAUACGGGAGAGAAAUGUGAUAAGGAAUGCAGUGCAGGAUUCUACGGGCCUAGUUGUAUAUACAACUGUAAAUGUUCUGAAACGUCCGUAUGCAACACAAAGACUGGUGAGUGCACUUGUGAUAGAGGAUGGAUAGGAAAACAUUGUGACAACAAAUGUGACUCUGGCUACUAUGGUAUUGAGUGUGCUAACCGAUGCAGUUGUUCAGCAAAUCAUCAAUGUCAUCACAUGACAGGAAAUUGUCAUUGUGAAAUAGGGAAACAAGGACCGCACUGCAAUGAAACAUGUGAUGCUGGUAAAUAUGGAAUGGACUGCUUACAGAUAUGUAGUUGUCAGGAUUGCAAUCCAGAAGACGGCGUCUGUCAACAAAUUGACAAAGAUGGUAUAUUGUUAAAUCAAAAAACUGAAAAAAGCACCUUACGUAUAUCAACCAUCGUUGGUACAGUGGUUGGAAUUUUGGUUUUGGUAGUAAGCCUUAUUAUUAUCGUGUUAAAAUGCCGAACAAAUAGUAGGGACAAGCUACAACUACAACAGAAGAAGAGGGGCGAUUGUAGCAGUAACUUCUAUGAAGACAUUGAUGACUACGCUGAAAUACCUGAUUCAAAGCUACAUCCGAAUUAUCCUUACAGCUAUGCCGAUUCCAAUGAUGUUAAACCGCCCAUAAAGGAGAGAAUACCGACGACAAAGAGAAAAACUAAUCAGUACUUGUCACUUACUGAAGCACAGAGAUUAAGUAAGCUCUCAGCUACAAGUGGAGAAAUAAAGAGUCAUGGCGGUAGUACGGACUAUUUGAAUCCGUACACAGGAUUACUCAAAGAUGCCAAAUGUGCUAGCUACCAAGAUAUCAACAAAGAAAAACAAGAACGGAAAUCAAGCAGCGAGAGUAUUCAAUCUGAAUCUGGAUAUGUGAAAAUUGCAUCAGGAUCAACAGAGACAAAGGAUAAUAGUUCAAGACAAUGUAAUGACUACACGGAUCCACCACCUUCUACCAGAUACAGCAAUGGUAGUGAACUUGACAGACUUACCACGGAAUCCAGAAUCGAAAAGGGAAUCAGCAUCCAGUCUGGUUACUAUUUGAAAAUGAAUUCGACUCUGAACAGAGAAGCUAUAACUGAAGCAGACAAGCGUCCAUUGAACAUAGAUGACAAAGGCAGUCAGAAGAAUGAAUUUCUUCCAAAAAUUACAGUAAGCAGUCAAAGUGGUUCUACAGAGACUCUAAACAUAAAAAACCAAUAACUGAACACAAUUGCAAUGAAAUUGAUUACAAUGCAUUGUCAGACAAUCAAAGAGUUUUGCGGCCGUUUACUGUAAAUUUCUUGUAAAAUAAAUGUAUCAUAGUAAUGUAAAAAAUAAAAAUACUCUUGAAUUUUAAGAAAUUGUAAAUAAAAAUGAAAUCU